AUGGCAGCUUUUUCUCUGAAUAUUCAGAAACAUGUAGAACCAGGUCUUGUAACUUCAGGUAAAUUCGAUGGUUCUCAUGCUUGUUUAGCAGCUGCAACAUAUGGUGGAAAUAUUUUGGUGCACAGUCCUCACAGGCAACCACAAAUAACCGAUCAUGACCACGAGCAGUCCGAUAGAAAAUUAUCUUGGAGCGGAGAACUCGCUGAACUUAAAAUAGGAAGUGAGAUUAUUGCAUUAUGCACUGGUCGACUUAAUGAAGAUGAGAGAGAUAUCCUUCUAAUUGGAACUGCAUCUCAUGUUCUGGCUUAUCAUAUAGAAGACAAUUCUGAUAUUUUUUAUAAAGAAAUGUCUGAUGGUGCAAGAUGCAUACUCAUUGGCAAAUUGAGUUGGCUUCCAAAUCAAGUUGCAAUCGUCGGUGGCAAUUGUUCUGUAACAAUUUUAGAUUCGCAAGGCAUAGAAAUAUUUUGGACAGUAGUAGGAGGAAUUGUUAGUUCAUUAGCCGUUUUUGACUUCGAUGGAGAUGAAGAAAACGAGUUGAUCGUUGGAACGAAGGAUUUUGAAAUAAAGGUGUACAAGAAAGAUAAUCUGCUUUGGGAUGCCAAAGAAACUGCUUCCAUUACCUCUUUAAUCGGUCUACCUCAUAGACGAUUUGUUUAUUCAGUAGGAAAUGGAACUCUUGGUGUCUAUGAAAUGGCUCAAAGAUUAUGGCGUGUUAAGUCAAAACACAGAGUAAUAGUUACAAGGAGCUUUGAUUUGAACGGAGACGGUUCACUGGAAGUCAUAACCGGUUGGAAUAAUGGAAAAGUAGACGCGAGAUUAUCCAAUAAUGGAGAAGUAAUUUUUAAAAUUCAAUUAUCCGCUGGAAUAGCUGGAAUUGUGGAAGCUGAUUACAGAAGAAUUGGCAAAUCUGAUUUAGUCAUAGUAUCUUCUACUGGAGAAGUGCGUGGUUAUAGUUCUGGCUCCACAAUGGAUACACCAGAACCAGGUGAAGCUAUGCGUGAUUUGUUGGCCAAAAAACAAAUACUUCAAAUGGAAAUUAGGCAGAGAGCUGCAUCAGUUCCGAAUAUGUAUCAUGGAACAAAAUUGGCUGUUAGUUUGAUGAGUGCUGAAGGUGCAGCUCGUGUUGCUCUUGCUUCGGGACCUGGUCUUCUUAUACAUUGUGCGAUAGUUUUUACUGAAGGGGUAUUCGAAGGCGAAACUUUAGUAGUCCAUCCCAGCAGACCUAAAGGAGAACUCGAAAUAGAGCUUCGUCCUCCUAAAAAUAAUCCUGUGGAUCUCCAUGUGAAAGUAUGCGUUGGUCCAGCUGGUGCAGAUCUACUACAGGUGUUCGAAAUGACACGUCAAUUGCCUAGAUUUUGCAUGUACCAGAUCAUUGAGAAACCUCAACAAAUUCCAGACGAUUUUACAAAAAAUAGUGUCACAACUGAGCUCGCAGAAAGACCUCAAAGAAUCGCCCUCUGGUUGAACCAAAGUCUCAUCCUCCCUGAAGAAUUCGAAAUUAAAGAGGACAAGCCAAAUAAUGGAAACAUGGAGAUAUGGCUUCGAGGAAUGAGAGAUAACAAAAUUCAUUGUUUCAUGGUAGACGCAAAUGGGAAAUUAACUAUCCAAACGGAGGAUUCUACAUUUGCUGGCGACAUUAUUCAAUCUUUAGCUCUAUACUUGGGUCUCAGAGAACUUUCUUCCGAGGUCUCAUUUCCGGCUGAAGAGAAGAAAUUGUUGGACGCUUUGGAACGUGUCAAAGAGCUAAAAGAAAUUGAUGCUAAACUGCAAGCAGAGACAGCCAAUGAGACUACUUUAUUGAAGAAUAUUAUAAUCCGUCUGGAGGAUGCGAGAAUUCUCGAGAAUAUCGACGAAAUGAGAAGGAGACUCGUACAAUUGAAAAAUGUAAAUGCUGAUCUAAUCAGGGAACAUGAAAUUAGGAUGAAGAGCUAUCGCGAAUUUACAGCGAAUUUAAAGGAGCUUAAUCUUGGAGUUCAACGUGCAGCUAGAUUAAGAGUCGGAAAAAGUGCCUCGAAUACCGUAGCCAAUUGCAGAGCUGCGAUCCAGGAUGAAAAUUCGAAAGCUCUCGUGAUUGCAAUAAGACAUGGAUGAAUUU